UGAUGAACAGGUAUUAAAGGUGCAGCGGCCCCUUUAAGAAAUCCGACCAGAGCUAGAGCGCCCAGUCGCGGCGCGUAAACCGAAUUCUGUUGUUGUCAGCAGCAACCAGCUAAUGUAGCUGUAAGCUAAGCUAACGUUAGCCUACCGGUUAGCCAGCACAUACACUACCGUUUCUCUCAUUCACCGGAAUAAAGAAGUAGAGUUACGUUACAGUCGGUCGCUGCCUCGCUGUCACCGGCUGUUUGUUGUCAGGACAUCAGUGAAGAUGACUUCUGCCCCGUCUGAUCCAACUCUAGAGAGACAUUUCAAGGGUCACAGGGACAAUGUUACAAGUGUGGACUUCAGCUGCAACAUGAAACAGAUUGUUCCCACACCUGUGCUCCCUCCCCUCCCAGCCACAGGCUCUCAUGACUCCUGUGUGAUGAUCUGGAACAUGAAACCUCAGAUGCGAGCGUAUCGUUUUGAUGGACACAAAGAUGCUGUCACUUCUGUUCAGUUUUCUCCCUCUGGCCACCUGGUGGCCUCUGCCUCCAGAGACAAGACUGUACGUCUGUGGAUGCCCAGCAUGAAGGCUGAGUCAACAGCUUUCAGGGCUCACACUGCCACUGUGCGAAGCGUUAACUUUUCUGGCGAUGGACAGAAUCUGGUCACAGCCUCUGACGACAAGACCAUCAAAGUGUGGACCGUCCACAGGCAAAAGUUUCUCUUCUCUCUCAACCAGCACAUCAACUGGGUCCGCUGUGCCAAGUUUUCUCCAGAUGAUCGUUUGAUUGUGUCGUCCAGUGAUGAUAAGACUAUAAAGCUGUGGGACAAGAAUAGCAGAGAGUGCAUUCAUUCUUUCUAUGAACAUGCGGGUUAUGCAAACCAUGUGGACUUCCAUCCCAGUGGAACAUGCAUCGCUGCAGCCAGUACUGACAACUCUGUCAAGGUGUGGGACAUCAGAUCCCAUAAGAUGCUACAGCACUACCAAGUCCACAGUGGUGCGGUGAACAGCUUGUCUUUCCACCCGGCUGGUAAUUUCCUCAUCACUGCGUCCAGCGAUUCCACAAUGAAGAUACUGGACCUUGUAGAGGGCAAGCUACUGUACACACUGCACGGACACCAGGGUCCAGUGACCUGUGUGGCCUUCUCCAGAACAGGAGAGUAUUUUGCCUCUGGAGGUUCUGAUGAACAGGUAAUGGUGUGGAAGAGUAACUUUGACUGUGCUGAAGGCAGUGAUGGUGCCAGGCUACAACAUAGAACUACUUCCAGCUUGCAGACGCUACCUGCCAGCUCCACGGCUCACCCCGCUUUUAACUCCCAUCCAUCUGGGCUCCGCAGCCAGGCUUCCGAACCAUCAGAAUAUUGUAACGGACAGGACUCCCACACCGCUGUCCACACUCAGAGCAACAGUCGCAGCCACAGCAGAGCGACUCAAUCCCACACCCACAGACACCUCAGCGCCAGUUCUUCCUCCACCCACCAGACACAGACCCGAGGUCGACCACAGGACUCACCCCAGGUCCAAGCACAGUCCCAGGCCUCAGAUGGAGGAGUCCCGCCUGGUCUAGCCAGCACCCUGGAACACAUCAUAGGUCAACUGGAUAUUCUCACUCAGGCCAGAGAUGGUUUCAGCAACAAAGACACACAAAUAUUAAAAACAGAACAACCUCUUCUGUGCUGUUUGGUACUAUAUUAGACUGGCACAUUGGCUCUGCACAGGUGUAUGUGUCUGUGGUAGAGUUUAUUCCUCACAUUCAUAGUUACAUUUCAGUAUUUCAUUGGCAACCAUUCUCUACAGAAGGUGGAAAACACUGAGACUGUCCACAGUGAGUUACCUGGGACAAAGUUACUAUUAUGUUUUUGAAAUGUAAUUUUGAUGCUGUAUGCACCACAAAUGAAAUUCCACUCACCUCUGUUAUCUGGAGGAAAAAAUGUAACUAUCUUCACUUGUGAUAUGGGUGAACUGACCCUCUAACAUGCAUACAUACAUACAUACAUAUAUACACCAGACUGGCAGCUAACUGUAACUGAAUUGCACUGAGACAAACAUUUGC